GAAAAUGAAAGAAUAUUUUCAAUUUCUGUAGACUGACUUGUAUGACUAUUAUUCCAAGCGGCUUUAACAAGUUAGAUCACUAUUUUUGUUGACUAGCAACCAAUCAAGCAUGACCUCUAAUUAAGAUCUUUAUCAGAGGGCUCAGAUAGUCAGAUUUUAGUUCUAUAAAACCCAAUACUGAUCGAUAACAUUAUUAUAUGAUAUUUGUCAUCUCUCUUUUUCUCUUUAUUGUCCAAUUUUUAUACAAGUCAUGUGCUUUACAAAAAGUAACAGUUUAGUGAGGAUUCUGGUCCUCCUGUGUUUCUCUCGUACCAUAAAUCUCUCAUCCGGAGCCAACACCAUUUCUGCAAGCCAGUCUCUUUCUGGAGACCAAACAAUCGUAUCCAAAGAUGAAGUGUUCGAGCUGGGUUUCUUCAAAGCAGGUAACUCAUCCAAGUAUUACAUAGGCAUCUGGUAUAUAAAAGUCUCUUCCAAUCCUCCCACCAUAGCUUGGGUGGCAAACAGAGAAACAUCCAUCUCUGAUAGAUUCCGUUCAGAACUAAAAAUCAUUGAUGGUAAUUUGGUGCUCUUGAAUGAGUCCAAGUUCCAGAUUUGGUCCACAAAUGUCUCCACCACCACCACUUUGAAGUCUGCAAUAGCUGUUCUUCUUGAUGAUGGCAACUUAGUUUUGAGAGACUCCGGUUCAAAUUCAGUUGAACCUGCAGUUUGGCAAAGUUUUGAUCAUCCAACUCAUACUUGGUUGCCUGGUGCUAAACUUGCUUAUGAUAAUAGAACCAAAAAAAGCCAGCUUCUUACAUCAUGGAGAAGCAAGGAAGAUCCUGGUGUAGGACUCUUCUCUUUGGAGCUUGACCCGAUUACUACAGAGUACAUAAGCAAGUGGAAUGGCUCCCAACGAUAUUGGACAAGUGGUGCUUGGAAUGGGAAAAUAUUUGAGUUAGUACCAGAAAUGAGGUUGAAUUACAUUUACAAUUUCAGCUACCAGAAGAAUGAGAAUGAGAGUUACUUCACUUAUUCUGUAUAUAAUCCUUUCAUUAUAUCUAGAUUUAUAAUGGAUGUUUCUGGUCAAGUUCAGCAACUAACAUGGUUAGAAGCUACCAAAGAGUGGAAUUUAUUUUGGUCUCAACCUCGAACGCAAUGUGAGGUAUAUGCUUUGUGUGGGGCUUUUGGGAGUUGCAGCCAAUCUGGAUUACCUUUCUGUAGUUGCUUGACUGGCUUCAAGCCUAGAUCUGAGAGUGAUUGGUAUCAGAGUGAUUUUUCUGGUGGAUGUGUGAGAAAAACCGAUUUGCAGUGUGGGAGAAACGUGGAAAAGCUUGAUUUUCUGACGAUUAAAGUCAAGAGUCUGCCUCCAAAUCAAUCCGUGGCAGUUGGGAGUGCAGGAGAAUGUCAUACAACCUGUUUGAACAGUUGCUCAUGUAAUGCUUACUCUUUUGUCGAUAAUCAGUGUUUGGUUUGGGAUGGAGAUCUCUUGAACCUCUCGGAAGACAAUGAUAAUGAUAGUGGGAAAACAAUCUUUGUCAAAGUCGCUUCUAAAGAUCUUCCACUCUCUUCUAAAGAUCCUCUACAUCAUAAAAAGAGUAAUUGGGUCACCGUGUGUGCUGUUGUUGGGUUUGGAGGAGUUGUGGUUUUUGUUUUGGGUGUAAUUUUGGUCUUGAUCUAUAGAAAAAAGAGGAUAUCAUUAUCGGUGGGUAAGACGAGAAUGGUGGAGGGAUCAUUGGUGUCAUUUGUCUACAAAGAUUUACAAAUUGCCACCAAAAAUUUCUCAGACAAAUUAGGUGGAGGUGGGUUUGGCUCUGUUUUCAAGGGGGUACUGCAUGAUUCGUCCAUUGUGGCAGUGAAAAAGCUGGAAAGCAUCAGCCAAGGAGAGAAACAGUUCAGGAGCGAAGUCAGCACAAUCGGUACUAUCCAACACGUUAAUCUUGUACGCCUCCGUGGGUUUUGUGCACAAGGUAACAAUAAACUGUUGGUGUAUGAUUACAUGGCAAACAGUUCUCUGGACACCCAUCUUUUCCAUGGAAAACAAGUUUUAAACUGGGAAACAAGGUAUCAGAUUGCACUUGGAAUUGCAAGAGGCUUGGUGUAUCUACAUGAGAAGUGCAGAGAUUGUAUCAUUCACUGUGACAUUAAGCCAGAAAACAUUCUUUUAGAUGCCGAAUUCUGUCCAAAAAUUGCUGAUUUUGGUUUAGCAAAGCUUGUUGGUCGAGACUUUAGUAGGGUUUUGACGACUAUAAGAGGGACACGAGGGUAUCUAGCACCAGAAUGGUUAUCAGGGGUGGCUGUCACAGCCAAAGCAGAUGUUUUUAGUUAUGGAAUGAUGCUUUUUGAAUUAGUUAAUGGUAAGCGAAAUGCAGAGCAAUCUGAAGAUUCAAGGAGUCCAUUCUUCCCCUGUUUAGUUUCUAAUGUUCUGAAGAUGGGAGGUGAUAUCCUUAGUUUGGUAGAUAGUAGGUUAAACAGGGAAGCUAGUGUUGAAGAAGUCUCAAAAAUUUGCAAAGUUGCAUGUUGGUGUAUCCAAGAUGAGGAAGACAGUAGGCCUUCAAUGAGUUUGGUGGAACAGAUCCUUGAAGGGGUUAUGGAUGUGAAUAUGCCUCCGAUCCCUCGAUCUGUCACGUUAUUUGUUGAUAACACCGAGCGUGUUGUUUUCUUCACGGAAUCACCCUCAAAGGGGAGUUCAGAGGUAUACAUCAGUUGUUCCCCCCAGUCGAAGAGCACCUCUUCUUGAAGAUAAUUAUCUUUAUUUAAUCUGUUAUAUUCAAAUAAUUAGGCGUAUAUUGUAUUGUACGUAAUAGAAUAAAAGAGUAAUUGAAUUUUUGUUGUAAGUGGAUGUGGAUCGACUUGCUAAAAAGUAUGGAAGUCAUAAUCUUGGAGAUGA